UAUGGAUUGAAUUGGAGAAUUGAUAUCAAAUUUAUACAAAAUAAAAUGGGGAGAAGAAGAGUCAAAAUAUAGGAAAGAGAAAAGGAUGAGAGAAGUGCAAUAGAAAAGUAAAAAGUAGUAGGAAGAUAAAGAGGAAAACAUGGAGGAAAAAGGUUAGAAGAAGUAUAAUAGUAAGUGUGGGCUAAUAGGGAGAGGAAGGGUUUUUUUUAUUUUUUAUUUUUUUAUUUUACUUAUAUGAAUAGGAAGAAAAAAAAUUUAAGAGAAAAGAAGAUGUAGAAAAUAAGUGGAUGAUGUGGCUUAACAAAAGUGUAACAACAAUAAAUAUUACGCUUCAACUUUCUCAUAUAUAUAUAUAUAUAUAUAUAUAAAUGAAAAAAAGCGUUUGUCCAAAUAUUUGGUCAGGUAAUCAGGUUUCUUGAUUAGUGCAAGGUGCUUAAUGGCUAUACCUGUAUAUGAUUUGUCAUUUAAUUGGACUUCCUACAGGGCAUUUAGAAUGUUGGACCUGUGAAUGAUUAGUAAUUUUGUGGAUAUAUAAUUUACGAAUAAGUUUUGGAAAGAGCAAUCGGGAGUUUCCUUAUUGUAAGUGUUGUCAAAUGUGAGGAUACUAACCAAAAUACAUGUUAUACAUACUAGCUCAGUAGAGGUCAACAAUUUGUGAAUACAUGCCAAGCUUCAUAUCAAUUUGUCAACUUUGAUUAUUGAGCUUAAUCAGAAUAAGAUUCAUUUUUUACAACAAUUAAAAAAAGAAAAAAACAGUAAUAGAGUUUUACUUGAAGUAAACUAUUGUUAAUAAUUGUAAUGUACUUCUAAUGAUUCACAUAGUAAAAUUAUGUUGUACAACUUGUAAUACUUUCAUUUUGCCACAUAAUUUCCCAUGUAAGGAUCUUUUUUGUGUGUAUAAAUAGGUUUUAGUCACAACUUAUGUGAAUUCUUUUUGCUUUUAAUUAAUAGAGACUUAAAUUGGUACAUGUGUAGCUUCAAAAUUUACAGAUCUUGUUUGUGGAAGAUUGGAAUGCAACUUCAUUUGAUUUGAUGCAAGGUUUGUCAAAUUUGGAAGAAUUAGCCAUUAGAAAUUGUAGAGGAAUCCAAGAGGUGAUUAAGCUUGAAGGGCUUCUUACUAUAAAAGGAGAACAACAAGAUCUGUUGCUCCCAAGAUUGAAGAAAAUGUUCUUGAUUGAUCUACUAGAGGAUGUAUAUGGAAGGGCCCAACUAAACUUAUAAAUCUCAACUAUCUUGAAGAUUUAAAAGUCAUCGGGUGCAAAAAAUUGACGCAUCUCUUCACUCCAGCUCUCACUCAAAGCUUACAAAAGUUGAAAUUUCUUGAAAUUCAAAGGUGUGAUGAAUCGGAGCAUCUAAUUGUUGAAAAUGCAGAAGAACAGCUUUUCCAUCAGCCCAAUGUGAUAACAGUACUGUGCCCGGACCAUGAACAAGUCUUAUCAGAGAGUCAUCUCCAAUCUUUAUGCUUCCCUAAACCAAAUGUGGUCAAAGUUAAGGUCAAAAGUUGCAAUAAAUUGAAGUGUCUCUUCCAUUUGGAUUGUUGGAAUCCAGUUUCCAUUUUUUUGACAUUGGAAGAUUUGGAAAUAAAUAACUGUGGAGGAUUGCACGAGGUGUUCAACUUUGAAGGUUUUCUUACCAGAGAAGGAGAACAACAAUAUGAGUUUUUCCCUAGGUUGAGGAAAAUGUGCUUGGUCAAACUACAUGAAUUGACAUAUAUAUGGAAGGGUCCAAUCCAACAUAUAAAUUUCAACAAUCUUGAAGAUUUAAAAGUCAUCGGGUGCAAAAAAUUGACAUAUCUCUUCACACCGGCCCUCGCUCAAAGCUUACAAAAGUUGAAAUUUCUUAAAAUUGAAAGGUGUGACCAAUUGGAGCAUCUAAUUGUUGAAAAUGUAGAAGAACAGGUUUCAUCAGAGAGUCAUCUCCAACCUUUAUGCUUCCCUAAACUGGAAAGAGUCAAUGUUAGAUACUGCAAUAAAUUAAAAUAUCUCUUCCCCAUCACCAUAGCUGAUAGUCUUUUAGAACUAAAGAUUCUCACAGUAAAAGAAAACUCUGAAUUAAUGGAAGUAUUCACACGUGAAGGAGACGCUGGAGUUCAGAAAGAUGUAACGCUCCCUCAACUAAAAUUGAUGAGACUCAAAGGUCUACCAAGACUUGUUAACUUCUGCCCAAAGAACUAUCAGUUUAUACUGCCAAAAUGGAUGAUGUUAAGAGUGGAAAGCUGUAAGAACAUGAGGACGACUUUUACCCGUACUCCAUACAGAAGUGUGCUUAUAAAUGGAGAGGUAGCCCAGAUAGACGUGCCUACAGGGAUUUCAACAUUUUAUCCAGUGCUUACCAUAUGCCCUGCCAACAACGAUAUAACAUGGACGACAGAUGGAUUGGUGUUGGAUUUUGGCUUUGAAAAUGGGGUGCGCUGGGUGAACAUGCUACUCCAUCCAUGAGAAAACAAUUGCUUCUUUCAAAGAACGUGAAAUGUAUACAAUCUAAAAGCUGUCAGCUUGAAUUUUCUCAAACCUUAAUUACAUGUCUCUCAUUUGCAAGCAUUGUCAACACUUCGAUAUACGGAGUUUGUUAUUCAGAAGUGGUGUGGCAAAAUGUAAGAGUUAAAGAUCUCUUUGAAGUGGCUUGUGUGGGGGUUGUGAGAGAAGAGAAAACUUCUCUUUGUAUUAGGUGCAACCCCAAACUUUGUAUUGAGUGCCAACCUUUGUAUUGAGAGAGAACUUUUGUAUUUGUAUGAGAGAACAAUUUGGGUGUAUUAGGAUUUGGGUAUUGUGACUUGCGAGGGUGCUAUUACACCAUUUUGUAUUCUCCACCUUUAUUAGUAAAAAUAUCUUC